AUUAUAAAAUGUAGGGUUAGUUAAGAUAGUGUAGUGGAAUAGAUGUCGUAACGGUCUCACACUCCAGUACAGUAGGUGGCGGUGUAUGCACAUGGCAGUUGGUUGCGAUUCUCCAAUAAACCUUAAAAUAAGAAAAAAGGAAAACAGAACUGAAAAGCCUUUUUGUUGUUAUUAUUUUGACGUUUAUUAACUAACACCCUGGAACUCAAAAUAUGAUCAAUUUAAAUUCACCGCAUCGCGUUGGAAACAGGACUGGGUUGAUAGAUGUUAUCUAGGUAACGCUAGCUAGCUGUUAACGGCUAACGUUAGCCAACAAUGGAUAACUGUAUGGUUUUUCACACGCAAAUAGCCUCCGUCGUGGAGGUGCUAGCGAAUGCAGCCGUGGCAGAGAUCUGUAAACUCGUAGACGACGACUAUGCAGUGUUUCGUUUGGAAAUAACUCAAAGCCAGAAAGAAAACAGGGCAUUGCGUAGGAAACUACAGCUACUGGAACUGAAGGUGGCACGGGAGCGCGCAGAGAGGACAAUGCAAGAGCGCGUCCUCGGCAGUCGUCCCAGUAGUGUCAAGAUCCUCGACCGAUACAGAGCGAUGGCAAGAGGUGAAGGACAUCUCACUGGAGGCUACAGGAGCUUUGUGAAGCCAGCGGGACACAAUACAAGGAGUGAUGACCAACCAAUCACUGUUGAUGAGUGGAGUGGAACCUCAACCCAGAACAUUAUCAUGAUAGAGUCUGCAGAUGCAGAGGCUGCAGAUCCUGGAGUCAAACUGGAGAGGUCUGGAGGAGAGGAGGACCCGCAGCAUAGCAGAGACAUCCAGACUGGAACAGCAUCUGGAGUGGCGCGCCCUGUAGCCACGGAGGACCUCACCACCGCCGCUGCGCUCCAGGCCAGGAACCGUUGCAGCAUCACAGAGGAGAAGGGUCCAGAGGUGCUGCUGGUGAAGGAGGAGGGGUGUGAGGAGGUUCUGGGGAACAUGCUGCCAAACUAA